AUGCACAAGAUUCUACUUGAAGAUGAUGCUAAACCAGUUGUGCAACCCCAGAGGCGGCUGAACCCAACUAUGAAAGAGGUGGUCCAAAAGGAAGUUACAAAACUUUGGGAAGCUGGAAUCAUAUAUCCUAUUUCAAAUAGUCCGUGGGAUUCUAAACCAAGGUUAAUCAGAUGGGUGCUACUCCUUCAAGAAUUCGACAUUGAGAUCAGGGACAGAAAGGGAUCAGAAAACCAGGUGGCUGAUCAUCUGUCCAGGAUCGAUCCCGAAGAAGGAAUGCCACCCCCUACCACUGGUGUAUCGGAGACCUUCCCGGAUGAGCAACUUUUUGCAAUCCCAAGAGCGUCAUGGUUUGUAGACAUUACAAACUAUAAGGCCAUGCCGUUCAUCCCCAAAGAGUACACUAAACAGCAAGUCAGAAAACUUUUGCAUGAUGCAAAGUACUACUUAUGGGAUGAACUUUACCCCUUGAAGAGAUGCUCAGAUGGGAUGAUCAGGCGGUGUGUCUCCGAGGAAGAAGCCCAGCAAAUUCUCUGGCAUUGUCACAUGGACUAUGUAUCUAAAUGGGUUGAGGCGAUGGCGUCAUCCACCAAUGACACCCGAGUUAUGCUGAAGUUCCUAAAGAAAUACAUUUUCAGCAGGUUUGAUGUGUCAAGGACACUGAUUAGUGAUGGGGCAGCCACUUCUGCAACAAACAACUAG